AUGUCAGGGGUUACUUGCUUGCAGCAGGUCCAAGCAGCCUUGGGACUUGUUAAGCGCUCAAUGUAUCUACCUAAGUACACGAACCAAGUUAGGACUAUUGACGAUAAUGAUGCAACAAUUGACGCAGUCUCUCUGAUACAUACAAGUUCACUGUCAAGUUCUUCAACCAUGUUAUUCGGAAUACCAUCCAUCAUUAUUCUCUAUUCCUUUUUUUCCUUAAUUUCUCAGAUCAGAGUAUCGCUGGCGAGUAGUAACUGCGCUCCUUAUCCCAUCUCUGCCAGGUUGGGGAAUGCAACUCUCGAAAACACGACAGCACGGGGCGUAUCUCUUUCAAUAGGUAGUCCACCGCAGUCCUUUGCUUUUCUCCCACAAUGGCCGCUGAACGAUACCUUCGUCUAUGGAUUGGAUGGCUUUUGUGGGAAUGGCUGGUCAGAAGCUGCUUGUCGAACGUUUCGUGGAGGCGCAUAUAAUACAUCGAAUUCAUCCAGCUACCGAGAUGCUACUAACGCACCGCAUUUGACAGAAAGCUCGCCGUAUCCGUCUAUGAACUGGGCAGCAGAUAAUCUUACACUCAGUUCAAACACUACACUUCCGAAUUUUACCAUGGGAAUUGCUCGGGCUGAUUGGGGAGAGCAGGGGUAUCAUCCACAGGUAGCUUUCGGGUUGGGCCAAAACUCGACAUUACUCAAUGCUUUAUACGAGAUCGGUCACAUAGCAUCUCGCUCCUGGGCUAUGUAUUGGGGCCAGGCAGGAGCGACUUCGAGUGCACAGCAAGAUGGCAGUUUUGUAUUCGGCGGGUUUGACCAAGCAAAAACUUCAGGCCCCAACUAUACAGCAAAGCUGGACUUUUCGAGAUCUUCUUGUUCUACAGGGAUGCUUGUCACCAUCACAGACAUGGUGCUAAAUUUUGCGAACGGCACAGAUGCGAGUUUAUUUGGAGGAGUAGAGUCCGCGGCAAUGACGGCUUGUAUUGUGCCAGACUAUCCAGUAUUACUCACGCUGCCUUACAGUCCAUAUUUUUCAACAUUUCAAACUUUCACUGGAACGGCCAUUACAGCCCGAUCAUUUGGAAUAUACUACUAUGGAAUGCUCUACUCGAAUGCAUCAAUUGCGUAUACCGGCGACUUAACCCUUAAGUUCAGCUCCGGACUUUCUGUGCGCAUACCCAAUGAGCAGCUUGUUGUUCCCAAUUUAACCAUCGACAAAUCCACUGGAAGUAUUAUUGCAAAUAGCUCAGCACCAGAGCUGGUUCUCAAUUCUAUCCAAUCGAUCAACGCCGACGAUCUUCCCCAAUUGGGCCGACAGUUUCUGACGAGCGCGUACCUUAUGCUCAACCAAGAUGCAAAUACUUAUACUUUGUGGGAGGCUAAUCCGGUGACGAACGAGGAUCUAGUUGCUGUCGAUCAGAGCGGCACUCCGGUCAGUAUGUUUUGUACCACGACUUCUACGACCGUUGAAUCGUCAAUGUCGCAGACGGGCACCGCCAAUCCAGGGCCCAAUAAGAAUAAUAGCAGUCACAAGAAGGACGUGUCUGGAGGAGCGAUUUCAGGCAUUGUAGUUGGAUGCAUAGCUGGUGUGGCAUUGACUGCUGUCAUGGUGUUGUACACGAUUGGCAAAAAGCGGCGAGAGGAAAACAAGACCAACAACGGCAACAACGCAUCGAACCACCCUGAAGUUGUUUAUAGACGGGAUGAGUCCCUCUACGAGCUUCAUUCACAUUCUUUCGAUCCGACAGCUCCGCAGGAGAUCUAUGGCAAGCCACAGAAUCAGCCGCCUGCACCAGCUUACGAAUUGGCAUGAUAGUUAGGUGAACUAUACAAUCAGAUAAUGCAUGUAAUUAGUCAUAAUUUUAUGGAUAUUUCGCUGUAGUUUA